GAAAUGGCACCUUGGAAAGAAAUGCGUUAUCCAUUCUCGCGGGAAGAAACGGUUGGAGGAGCGUGACACUGCCAACAAUGGUGUUGUUGGUUUGUGCUGCUAAGCCUUCUUCCACGCUUUUACUCCAAAACUUUGCUCCUUUCACUUCCCAAAGUUCAAGAACAGUGUUUGGUUCCCCUUUCCAAUUCACCAGAGAGAAUGGUUCUGUUGUUCCACUUCUUGUUGUGUGUCAUGCCAAGAAGAAAAUCAGCUUUGUGGAUCAAAUUCUUGAUUACAUUGAAGGAGGUCCCAAAUUAAGGAAAUGGUAUGGUGCACCUGAUCUUGUUCCAAAAGAUGGUCCUGCCACAGAGGAUAGUGAAGAUGAUUUUCCUGAUGAAGUAAGGGAUGCAGUGCUGGUAACAGAUGGGGACAGUGAGAUGGGUCAGAUGGUGAUAUUGCAAUUGAUUGUGAAGAAAGCUCGAAUAAAGACACUGGUGAAGGAUAAACGGGUUGCACUUGAAGCCUUUGGAAAUUAUGUUGAGUCAAUGGCAGGUGAUACAAAGGACAAUCGAUUCCUGAAGAAAGCUCUGAGAGGAGUUCGCACAAUUAUAUGCCCAAAUGAGGGUUUUCCUUCCAGCGUUGGGAGCCUUCAAGGGGUACAACAUGUAAUCUUCUUAUCACAGUUGUCAGUUUAUAGUGGUAAAAGUGGCAUUCAAUCUAUGAUGAAAAGCAAUGCAAGGAAAUUGGUAGAGCAAGAUGAAUCAGCAUUGGUGACCUCCGGAAUUCCUUACACGAUCAUUAGAACCGGUGCAUUACAAGAUACACCUGGUGGGAAGCAAGGUUUUACCUUUGACAAGGGUUCUGCAGCUAGUGGAAGUAUUAGCAAAGAAGAUGCUGCUUUUGUGUGUGUAGAAGCCUUGGAGUGUAUCCCUCAAUCUGGAUUCAUAUUUGAGGUGGCAAAUGGGGAAAACAAAGUUUCAGAUUGGAAAGAAUGUCUAGCAGCGUUGAUGGAGAAAGCGAGUCAGCAAACUUAGUCACCAUUCACAAGGCAAGGCAUGUGUAUCUCUGUUUUAAUUCUUUAUGUGUAGGAUGUUCUCAAAUGGGUUUGUGCUGUACUCCAUUUGAGAAAGGCGGGCUUUGUGAUUUUUCUCACCUUUUAGUGAACAAAAUUGAUGGUUUUGAGACUAGAA